AUGGAGCGGGAACGCGAGCGAAGUAGUCGCGACGAUCGAGGCAGUGACGACUACGGGUACAGCUAUCGCGACAGCGAGCGAGUUCGAUCGAAGGAUCGGAAACGCGAUUGGGAUGAGCGCAGCACAAGCAGCAGCACAAGCAGCAGCCGUGACCGGGAAAGACGUCGCGACAGGGACAGCACGAGGGAUCGGGACAGCACCAGGGAUCGGGACAGCACCAAGGACCGGGACGGCACCAGGGACCGGGACGGCACCAAGGAUCGGGACAAGGACCGCGAUAGAGACCGCGACAGGCACCGCGACCGCAACAGGGAGGAUCGCUAUCGCACGCGAGACCGUCGAGACAGAGAACGCGACUACGACUACGACCGCGACCGAGAGUAUGACAGACGUGACUACUCUUCAUCUCGCUACAGUAGCUCUUCGUUCUCUCGUCCAGCCACGUAUGACCCUCGCCUUGCUCAGCGAACUCAACAGAGAAGUCGUCGAGGUGAUGGCGAUGAGGACGACGAGGAUAUGAUGCGCAGGAAGCAACUGCAGGACGAGUUGGGUCUCUCAGACGAAGAAGAAGUUCCCUCGAGUAAUGGCGACGUCGGAAAUGGUGUUGGUUCGUCACGUAGUAACGGUACUUCAGGUGGUGACAGUGAAUUGAGAGCGCGUAUCAAGGAGCUCCAGCGCGACUUGAAGGACGCUCGUGAUGCGGAACAGAAGGCUCAGGAAUCUCUGAGUAAGCUGCAGCUACUCAGCAAGUCGCAGACUGCCAUUCUUAAAACCUCCAUGAGCAAGAAGAUCCAGCAGAAGGAUGAACUGGUGGAGGAUAUGACGAUCGUUAUCAAGGAGCUCGAGCGGAAGCUAAAGGAGGCAGGUGUGGCCUUCGAGUCGUAUAAUGUGCCAGAAUCUGGCAAAGUAGCGUCAACUCGAUCGGCUGCUGCGACAGACAAUGACGCUGAGGGUGAAAUCAACGCCAUGAAGGCCGAGAUGGAGCGUUUGAUCGAAGAGAACAGCGCACUCAAGGCAGCUGCGACGAAGACCAGCAGCAGUGACUCGAAAUCGCCCCCAUCAGCGCAGUCUCCUCCAGAGAAUAUGGUCAACAGAUCUGCUCUUGACAGUGUGGAGGCGGAGAAACGUCAGCUCUUGCGCCAGAUGAAAGACAUGCAGCAGCAACUAGCCACACUCAAGUCAGUGGCAGCAGCUUCUCCACCGCCAGCACCACCAAAAGCGGAAGGCAACUCCAGCGCGCCUCCACCAAAUUCGGAGGACAUCCAAGCGCUGCAAAUCAAGCUUUCUGCUGCCGAGUCCUCGCACCAGGACGCUCAGAAAACGAUCCAGCGUCUUGAGAAGGAGGUCGCUGCAGCCUCAGCCCGAGCAGCAGCAACUCCAGAGCCUACCAACCCUGAGCCACAAGGCCCUUCCAAGCUCGAAACAGAACUGCAGGCACAGGUUCGCGAGAUGGAGACUCGUCUCACUGAGCUGCAAACUCAACUGGAGCAACAGAAGAAAGAGAGUGAAGCAAAGAAGACGACAGCUGACGAGCGCUAUGCGAAGCUGAAGUCGACAGCUGAAGGCGAGCUCAACAAGAUCAAAGAGCAAGCCAAGAAGGCCAUCUUGGACCUCAAGCGUAAGCUGGAAGUCGCGUCGAAGGGACAACAGCGCAAGCAAGCAACGAUCACGAACUUGAGCACACAAUUGAAGGCUCAACGUACGGACCUCGUGACUCUGAAGUCGCAGGUCGUGGCUCAACAGCAACAAGUUCCAGUGCUGGCCAAACAGUUGACCGACAAGAUCAUGCAGCGUGUCCAGAAGCAAGCUGACGCCAUGGCCGGCGUCGUGGAUAACUACAAACGCGAGAUGAAGGAGCGCAAGCGGCUAUUUAAUCUCGUGCAGGAGUUCAAGGGCAACAUCCGCGUGCUGUGUCGUGUGCGUCCAAUCUCGAAGAACGAAGUCGCUCAGGGCAGCAAGAUGAUCUGCAAGUUCCUGCCUGAGGAGAUCACACUGGCCGGAGAGAAGGGCAAAGUGAAGACCUGGGAGUUCGAUCACGUCUUCGACAUGAGCUCGACGCAGGAUCAACUCUUCUCACAAGUGAAGCCUCUCGUGACGAGUAUUCUGGACGGCUACAGUGUGUGCAUCUUCGCGUACGGCCAGACUGGUUCGGGUAAGACGUUCACGAUGUCGGGACCUCCAGAGAACCCAGGAAUUAACACGAGAUCACUACAAGAGCUCUUUGAACGUAAGAGCGAACGUGUGAAAGAGUACCAGGAUAAAAUCACAGUCAGCAUCAUGGAGAUCUACAACGAGCAGAUCCGUGAUCUACUAGCACAAGACGCUGCGAGCACAAACCUGCAAGUGCGUCAAGGCCCCACGGGUAACUUCGUCCCUGGUUUGAUAGUGGUACCUGUCCAAACGCUUAAUGAAGUCUUUGAACUCAUCAAACGUGGUAACAAGAACCGCAGUACACACGCCACAGACAUGAACGAGCACAGUAGUCGAAGCCACUCGAUCCUCUCCGUCCAGCUGAAGAGCCUCAACAUCGUCACUAAUGUCGUCGCUAGUGGAAAGCUCUUCCUUGUUGAUCUUGCUGGCUCUGAGCGCCUUUCAAAGACUGGAGCUGAGGGCCAGCGACUUAAAGAAGCACAGAACAUCAACAAGUCCCUCUCAGCUCUUGGUGACGUCAUUGCUGCUCGAGCGAGCAAGCAGAAGCACGUGCCAUACAGGAACUCGUCGCUGACGUACCUGCUCCAGGAUGCUCUUGGUGGCGACUCGAAGACUCUCAUGGUGGCAUGCGCAAGUCCGGUCGACUACAACAGCGAAGAAACCUUCUGCACACUCAACUUUGCUGCCAGGACGCGCAGUGUUGAGAUGGGCAAGGCCACGAAAAAUGUGGCCCCAGGCACAUAA